UUGGAACAAUAACAUAACUGUAAAAGGAUAGCUAAUGAGUCCAAGACGUGGGUGUUACAUACGAAGUGGGGAUAAGUAGUGGCCAGGACAUCGGCACAGGCUAGCGCAGUGGGUUUUCUGAAGGCUGCGGCACGAGCCGCAUGCCAACUCCGGCGGUGACCUCGUGCGACCCUAUUAAUACUACAAACGACUUGAACGGAACAUAGUAGCCACGGAUCAAUCAUGAAGAUGAUUUGCGCUUGCUUCUGCCUCACAAUUGCGGCUGGAGUGGCCCGGGCCGCUCCGGCUAACGGUUUCGUGUUCCCGGAGGAACGGCGGGAAAGAAAAUUGGAGCCUAUCAUCACUCCACCGAUUCUACCAGUUCUGGAACAUUUGGAAAGAGACCCCACUACAUUGGGCAUCAGCGAUAGAGCGAAUCAAGUGAAACCAAAAUUUGGAGGAGGUUUUAACGUGAGGCCGUCUGGAAACGGCGGGCUGACAGCAAGUGUUAGCAGCAGUGCUAGUGGUGCUGGGUUGAGCCAUUCAGCCUCACAGUCAUUUUCAUUUGGAUUUAAUGAAGGUUUCAGUACUUCGCACUCUGCUAGUCAAUCGUCGUCUUUUAAUGGAUUUGGAAGUGGCUUCAGCGGUAGCCAAGCGAGCAGCCAAGCCGCAUCCUUCAGCGGCGCGGGCGCUUCAGUGUCCGGUGCAUCAUCCUCUGCGUCCUCCAUAGGAGGCUUCGGAAGCGCGAGUCAAAGCGCUUCAUCUGCUUUUGGUUUUAAUUCCUUAAAUGGCUUCCAAUCGGAGCCUACCUUCGGCGAGGGUAUCUUCGACAUCCGUCAGCGCGGACCACCGCUCCUCACAUUCCAAGAUCUGAUUGGUGGAGGACGAGGUGCCAGCGCCGCUGCUUUUAAAACGAAAUCCGGACCGAAAAGAAACAGAGACGAUUUCCUCGCUGUAUUAGUAUCUAAUUAGCAUUUAUUACAAUCCUAUAGAACAAUUUAUUUAAGAUGAAAUAAGUGAAGUAUAUUUGAAGAUACAAUUAGAGCUAAGCAAGUCAUAAUACUUUACAGACACAGCCAGCCAGCAUAUAUUUAAAUAACAUUGCAUUUAUAGCAAAGGCUCUAAUUAAAUUAUAGCUUGUAUAAACGGAUAUAGAGUACAAAAUGCUAAAACUGCAAACUGCUAAUCAAUGCUAAAACGAUAAUAUACAAUACCUUAUUCCUCAUCUUAACACUGUGACUUAACAUAACCAAAA